AUGCAGAUUCGCAUUCUUCUAAUCGCCACAACCGCGCUCGUCGGCGCCCAUGCCGCUAUAAUCAGCUCGGGCGGUCCAGGUGUCCGGGACAACGAAGCGCGCGGCAUCCCUCAAUAUACGAAGGAGAGGUUAAAAGCGGAUAUCGUCAAGGCCCACACGGAGUGCGUUCAAAAAGCGCUCGAUAAUUAUGACAAUGCCUAUGAAAAGAAACUCGGACAAAUUAUUUCCGAACACCCGGUCGGUCUCCCAGAUUGGCAGCAUGACCACAAGGACGAGAUAAAGACACUUCAGAAAGAUCUGGACGCGGACUUGAAAAAGUGCGACGACACUCACAAGGCGCGAUAA